CGGCGCACGCAUAACCAUGAGUUUCAAGUCCAAAGUCGUCAUAGUAACCGGCGCCAGUUCUGGCAUCGGAGCUGUUACAGCAGAAUAUUUCGCAAAAGAAAACGCUGACGUAGUCUUAGUUGGUAGAAAUGAAGAAAACUUAAACAACGUCGCGAAAAAAUGUGCAGCGAAUGGAAAGACACCACUAAUAAUCAAAGCGGAUGUAUCAAAAGAUCAAGACGUUGAAAGAAUAAUUAACGAAACAAUUAAGAAGUUUAACAAAUUAGAUGUUCUAAUUAACAACGCGGGCAUUCUUCUAGGCGGUACUCUAGAGAAGGGUGACAUGUUAUCAGUAUACGAUGAAAUUAUGAAGACGAACCUCCGUUCUGCGGUUCAUUUAACGAUGUUAGCAACCCCGUACCUGAUCGCGUCUAAAGGCAACGUCGUGAAUGUAUCGAGUAUUGCAAGCAAUUCAAUAUUUUCUCAGGAAUUCGUAGCAUAUUGUAUGUCGAAAGCUGCUAUGGACCAUUUUGGGAGAGGCGCUGCUCUGGAACUUGGAAAACACGGUGUACGAGUGAACACAGUAAACCCAGGUCCAGUGAAAACUGCAAUAUUCGCCACCGCAGGAGUUAAAGUGUCAUACGAUGAAAUGGGAUUCAAAACUCUUUUAAACCGCUGGAGUGAUUCAGAGGAAAUAGCUGUUAUUAUACUGUUUUUGGCAAGUGAUAGAGCUAAGGGAAUAACUGGAUCUAAUUUCACGUGUGACAAUGGUUAUUUGGUGGCGAAUAACUAGUGCGGAAACGCAAAUUUGAAUAUAAAUAAACCAUAAUGUGAAUGGUAAGUGACUUAAGUAGAUAUAAAGUUAUACCUUGUUAACCAAUAAAUAUUGAUCUGUUUGA